AUGACAUGCCGUGCUGCUUGCCCAAAUGACUGGCUCACUAGUUUGAUGUUUGGACCAGAUAUAUGUGGCACACAGACAAAAAAGCUCCAUGUUAUACUUUCCUACCAAGGGCAAAAUUAUCCCAUCAAGAAGGAUCUACAAUGUGAAACAGACAAGUUAACGCAUUUCUACACAUUUAUUUUGAGGCCUGAUGCAACAUAUAGUGUGCUUGUUGAUAACCGGGAAAGAGAGGUUGGGAGCAUGUAUACUGACUGGGAUAUCCUCCCUCCGCGGAAAAUUAAAGAUUUAAAAGCAAAAAAGCCAAAAGAUUGGGAAGAAAGAGAAUAUAUAGAUGAUCCCAAAGCUGUCAAACCAGAGGGAUAUGAUUCAAUUCCAGCUGAGAUACCUGAUCCAAAGGCUAAAAAGCCCGCUGACUGGGACGAAGAAGAGGAUGGUAUAUGGAGAUCAGCAAAGAUCCCAAAUCCAGCAUAUAAAGGACCAUGGAAGCCCAAGAAAAUCAAGAACCCCAACUAUAAAGGGAAGUGGAAGAUUCCAUGGAUUGAUAACCCAGAAUUUGAAGAUGACCCUGACCUCUAUGUAUUGAAGCCCAUAAAAUACAUUGGCAUUGAAGUUUGGCAGGUAAAAGCUGGUUCAGUGUUUGACAACAUAUUGAUUUGUGAUGACCCACAAUAUGCAAAAGAAGUCGUGCAAGAAAUAUGGGCGAAGAAUAGAGAGGCUGAAAAUGAGGCUUUUGAGGAGGCAGAGAAAGUGAGAAGAGCUCAAGAAGAGGAGGAUUCUAAAAGAGCAAAAGAUGAAGGUGACAAGAGGAAGAGAGAUAGGGACCGUCAUAGGCGCCACCGAAGGUACGAUCCUCAUGAGUACUUGGAUGAUUACCAUGAUGAACUAUGAGAGGGGUUUGAAAUCCACCUAAGAGAAAGACGUGGCCCCCAAUUCCCUGUUGCCAUAAUAAGUGCAUUGCUUCAUGGUUGGAUGUCUGUCUGUCUUUUUGCUCCCUGUUGUUGUAUAAUAACUGUUGUAACAUUAACAUUAAAUGUCAUUCUCAAUGGGCUGAUUGAUCCAUUGGGUUGUCGAUGGUCCCUAUUAUGUGUGUUAACCAAAAUUUUCAUCUAGAAGUAGAUGUAAUGGUUAGUAGUUCAAGUCAUCUAAUUGUACUCCGAGUUCUAUGAGGAUGACAUCAAGCAAUGCUCUCAUAUGUCUUGAAUAAUGGUAUGUUUGAUCUGGAUAUGAUUCUGGAAUAUAUAUACAUAAAUGGAACUUCAUUUUCAAC